UGCGUGCGUGCGCGCGCGCGCCGCGGGCAGGCCAGUGAAGCCGGCGGCCCUGGCACGUGAUCUGGAACCGGCUCGGUCGCUUGGUGGCUGUGUCUGUCUGUCCGUCCGCGGGUGCCAUCAUGGCGGACGCGGCCAGUCAGGUGCUCCUGGGCUCCGGUCUCACCAUCCUGUCCCAGCCGCUCAUGUACGUGAAGGUGCUCAUCCAGGUGGGAUAUGAGCCUCUUCCUCCAACAAUAGGACGAAAUAUUUUUGGGCGGCAAGUAUGUCAGCUUCCUGGUCUCUUUUGUUAUGCUCAGCACAUUGCCAGCAUCGAUGGGAAGCGUGGAUUGUUCACAGGCUUAACUCCAAGACUAUGUUCAGGGGUCCUUGGAACUGUUGUCCAUGGUAAAGUUUUACAGCAUUACCAGGAGUGUGACAAGGUUGAGGGGACAGGAUCUGGAAAUGUACAGAAAGAAGUUUCCUCUUCCUUUGACCGAGUUAUCAAGGAGACAACUCGAGAGAUGAUGGCUCGUUCUGCUGCUACUCUCAUCACACAUCCCUUCCACGUGAUCACUUUGAGAUCUAUGGUACAGUUCAUUGGCAGAGAGUCCAAGUACUGUGGACUUUGUGACUCCAUAGUAACUAUCUAUCGGGAAGAGGGCAUCCUAGGAUUUUUUGCGGGUCUUAUUCCUCGCCUCCUAGGUGACAUCAUUUCUUUGUGGCUCUGUAACUCACUGGCCUACCUCGUCAAUACCUAUGCACUGGACAGUGGGGUUUCCACCAUGAAUGAAAUGAAGAGUUAUUCCCAAGCUGUCACAGGAUUUUUUGCCAGUAUGUUGACAUAUCCUUUUGUGCUUGUCUCUAACCUUAUGGCUGUCAACAACUGUGGGCUUGCUGGUGGAUCCCCUCCUUAUUCCCCAAUAUAUACUUCUUGGAUAGAUUGCUGGUGCAUGCUACAAAAAGAGGGAAAUAUGAGCCGAGGAAAUAGCUUGUUUUUCCGGAAGGUCCCCUUUGGGAAGACUUAUUGUUGUGACCUGAGAAUGUUAAUUUGAAGAUGUGGGGCAGGGACAGUGACAUUUCUAUAGUCCCAGAUGCACAGAAUUAUGGGAGAGAAUGUUGAUUUCUAUACAGUGUGGUGCGCUUUUUUAAUAAUCAUUUAAUCUUGGGAAAAUGGA